AUGCUGUGUGACCUCCGCGCAGCGAGUGAGGUGGGAGUGUCGCUGGGAGCACCUGCUGCCAACGGCGCGACUGCUGGCGGCGGCAGCGACUUCACUGAUACCACGGGUGCGAGCAAGCCGACGAUUGCCACUGGUAUUAGGGGCGCGGCGGGCGCGGCGAGCGCGGCGGGCGCGGCGAGCGCGGCGAGCGCAGCGCGCGCGGGGAGCGCGGCGCGCGACACGGUGAACGCGGAGCUGCGCGUGGGGACGGUGAUGCUCGUCGGCUCGCUCGCGCAGCCGCGCUCCGUCUCCUUCGACCUGGGGCGCUGCGAGCCCGUGCCCGAAACGAGCGGCGGCGCGGUGGAUUCGCUGGUGUGGUGGGACGUUUUUUCGGAUCGCACUGUGUGCAACGCGGUGCAGCUGUUCGCGUCGCCUGACUGCUCAGGGGCACCGGCCGCGAAAUACCCAUUCACGGGUUACAUGAGUACCAUCAAGAUGGGCGCAUCAGUGAAGUCCAUCCGCUGCGUUAUCAAGGCCGACACGAAUCACCCACACGACAGAAUGGCGCCAAAGGGUAAGACCCCGAGAGGGCAAGUGGAGGCCGUCAAGAAGCCCGCUGCGGCCGCUCCCUCCAGGGGCAAGAAGUCCGACAAGGUCACCAACCCUCUGUUCGAGAGGCGCCCGAAGACGUUCGGAAUCGGCGGGUCCCUCCCCCCGAAGAAGAACCUGCACCGGUUCGUCAAGUGGCCCAAGUACGUGCGCCUGCAGCGGCAGCGCCGGGUGCUCAACCAGCGGCUCAAGGUGCCGCCCGCCAUCAACCAGUUCACCAAGACGCUCGACAAGAGCCUCGCCACCUCGCUGUUCAAGCUGCUGCUCAAGUACCGGCCCGAGGACCGCGCGGCGAAGAAGGAGCGACUGCUGAAGGCGGCCGAGGCGGCGAAGGAGGGCAAGACGAUUGAGUCGAAGAAGCCGGUGGUCGUGAAGUAUGGCAUCAACCACAUCACGUACCUCAUUGAGCAGGGCAAGGCGCAGCUGGUGGUGAUCGCGCACGACGUGGACCCCAUCGAGCUCGUCAUCUGGCUGCCUGCGCUCUGCCGCAAGAUGGGCGUGCCCUACUGCAUUGUCAAGAGCAAGUCCCGACUCGGUCAGGUGGUGCACCAGAAGACGGCCACUGCCCUGGCGCUGACAGCAGUGAAGAACGAGGACAAGGGCGAGCUCAGCAAGAUCGUGGAGUCGGUCAAGGCGCACUUCAACGACAAGGCGGACGACUUGAGGCGCCAAUGGGGCGGCGGCAUCAUGGGCGUCAAGUCGCAGGCGAAGAUGAAGGCCAAGGAGCGCAUCCUCGCCAAGGAGGUGGCGCAGCGCAUGGCUUAG